CCGGGCUCAGCCCCUCACUCCUCUAUAAAAGCCUAUGGGCUCCUCAGAGCUGAUCCCUGUCUGCAGUAACUGUUCUUUCUGCUGGUAUCUGGGUCCUAGUUAGCAGCCGUCAUGAGUGAGGAAUUAUUGAGCACAUGGAAACUCACUGAGAACUGCAGUGAGAAGUUUGACAAAUACAUGGAUUCGGUUGGUGUGCCCUUUCUCACACGAAAAGCUGCCUGUCAUUUGAAGCCUGAUGUGGAAAUAACUAAAAAUGGUGAUGUUUGGUGUAUAAAAACGUUGAGCACCUUCAAGAACACAGAGCUGUCCUUCACGUUGAAUGAGGAAAUUGAUGAAACCACUGCAGAUGGCAGGAAAGUCAAGUCAAUCUUUACUAAUGAAAAUGGAGCAUUAGUACAAAAGCAAAAAUGGGAUGACAAAGAAUCUACAAUAAUUAGAGAAGUGAAAGAGGGCCGCUUGUUCACAACUUGCAUCUUCAAAGAUGUGAAGUGUGUUCGGAUCUACGACAAAAAAUGAGAUCUUCCGUCACCUGUGUAGACUUGAUCCCAUAAAAUAUAAGCUCAGUUCAAUGAGCGUUCACCGACUCUGCACCGAAUAUCUGGUAUCAAAAGCUUCUGUGAUAUGUUGUGGUCAUUUGUGAUAUGCUAUGUAUACACAUUAAAGC